AUGUUGAAAGAGAGUGGAGUAUUAGCAAUUUGUAUUGAUUACCGAGAGAUUUUUAAUUUAGGUAAGAUGUUGGAUGAAAUUUUUGGUGAAGAAAAUAGAAUUGCAAUAAUUAAUUGGCAAAAGGCAACGGUAAAUAGCAUGGUUAAACAUGUUUCGGUUUAUAACAUUGAUAAUGACCCGCUUGGCAGUUGGGUUGUCGGCGACCCAACUGCCAAAGACCUAACAGUGAAUAACAAAAAUAUUUAUGCUAUUCAAAAUCCCUUUACAGGAGAAUUAAUGUAUCCUAGAAAAAAUACUAUUAGUCAAGGAACAGACUGA